AGAAAAUGGCGGAAGAACAUCAGACGAUUCGUAUUUUCUGUCGCAUCAAGCCAACCAACGCUAAAACAGGGCUAUACGAGGUGCACGCUGACGAGCAAAACGCGCCACACGUCACAUUCUACAUACCAAGAUCAGAAUCUGACGGUUUAGUGAACAACAGACGGGAAGCGUAUCCAUUCAAAUUCAACAAAGUGUUUGAUCAACAGACAUCACAAGAUGAAGUAUUUGAACGAGUAGCAAAGGAGGUGAUAGACAAUGUGUUGGCUGGUUACAACGGCACUAUCUUUGCUUAUGGUCAAACGGGCUCUGGCAAGACAUUUACUAUUACCGGUGGUGCUGAACGUUAUGCUGAUCGUGGAAUUAUACCAAGAUCAUUGUCAUACGUAUUUCUGCAUCAAGAGAAUCAUCCAGAGAAUGUGUACACAACUCAAGUGUCUUACAUGGAAAUCUACAAUGGACACGGUUACGAUCUACUCGAUCCUAAACACGAAGCAUCUAAGCUAGAGGAUCUGCCGAAGGUGUUUCUACAAGAGGACAGUGAGAGGAAUAUCCAUUUACGAAACUUGUCCAUUCACACAGCAAACAAUGAGGAAGAAGCUCUCAAUUUGUUAUUUCUUGGAGAUACAAACAGAAUGAUAGCAGAGACUCCCAUGAAUCAAGCAUCAACUCGUUCUCACUGCAUCUUUACAAUCCAUUUGUCGUCUCGUCCAUCGGGUGCAACAACAAUUCGUAGAGCCAAACUCCAUCUUGUGGAUCUCGCCGGAUCCGAACGUGUCAGUAAGACAAAAAUUGGAGGCACUUUGUUGACGGAAGCUAAAUACAUCAAUCUAUCGUUACAUAGUCUUGAGCAAGUCAUUCUGGCUCUGUCAGAGAAGGGGAGGACUCAUGUGCCGUACAGAAACUCAAUGAUGACGUCUGUAUUGAGAGACAGCCUUGGUGGAAACUGUAAAACAACAAUGGUUGCCACAUGCUCUAUAGACAAACGAAAUGUUGAAGAGACAAUAUCAACAUGCAGGUUUGCUCAACGAGUUGCCAAGAUUGAAAACAAGGCCGUUUUGAAUGAAGAAGAAGAUCCACAGCUGAAGAUUGGACGACUCAGACGGGAAGUUCAAGAAUUGAAAGACCAGUUACAAAUGGCAACAGGGGAGGAACUUACCGAGAACCUGACCGAGGAAGAACACGAAGAAUGUCAAAGGCUGGUUGAAGCAUAUGUGGGAGAUAGCAGUCCGGAUGCUACUCUAUCUCUCGGUGGAGACAUAAGGAAAGUCAAUCUUUGUUUCUCCCUCAUGAAGCGGAUGGUUCUAGGUCGAAAACCGGCUGUUGAUCACAAGUCUCCACACUCAAAUCAAUUAGUACAACCCCAAUCAGACGAUGGAACAUCUUUGGUGGUAAAUGAAGCCGAUACGAAUGCACAUGAAGUGAACAGACUGAAAGAGCUUGUCCAGCAACGUGACAACGAGAUUAAUAUUCUCGUUAGCAUGUUGAAAAGAGAAAAACGAAGAGCAGCUGAGCUUGUUGCUGCUGCUAAACAGGCAGGCAUCAAUCUUCCUGAACCGAGUGCUCACACGGACGAUCUCUUCACAGAUAGAUCGACAGCAACUGGUAAUUGGCCUGAGAUGAAGACAACUAGAAAUGGCGAUGUUUUCCAGCAAGACAGAUCAACAACUGUGGAAGGUAGUAGUAGUAGUGAGAUCAAUGUAAGGCCAUCAAGCAGGCUACGAGAGAGACACUAUCAAGUCUUGAAUGAGUCUGAUCUUUCAAAGGCCAGACAGGAAGCUUUUGAUACAUUCAAACGAGAUUAUUCUCAUAAUGCCAGCAUAGAUGAUAACAAACAGACAUUGAAACAGAGGUACUCUGACGCGAAAUUGUUGGGAGAGCAAGUGAACAAAGCAAGAGGAAGUAUCAAUUCAUUGAAAGCUCAGAUUGAACAAGUGCGAGUGAGCCAAGCUGUGCAUGGUUUAUCUGAAACGAAUGGGGAUCCUGUGGUUGAUCCUAAAGAAGAGGAACUGCGUGGUCGUCUCGAACACGAGAAAUCACGUUUUAAGCAAAUGGUGGGUGACCUGCGUCACUUGAAGACAGAGAUCGAACACUUGCAGCAUUUGCUCGAGAAAGCCAAAGUCAAGAUGCAGAAGGACUUUGAGAUAUGGUGGGCAGAACAGGGUGCUCUAAAUCAGCCACCAUCACUGGCAAAGCAGGCAUGGAGAACUCCUCCUGUCACUCCUUCGUCCGUUUCUUCGUCCCGGCCUGGCAGCAGAGCGAAGCUGCCAAGAGAGCAGGAACACGAGCGAGACUCAACUCGAUCAACAUCUGGAUCAAGGCCAGGCUCUAGUCAUCAGAGAAGACACAAAUUAGCUGCAUUAGGUAAUAGUGGGAGAUCGUCGAGAACAGACAUUCUUAGACUUUCCCAAGACUCGGUCUUAUCAAGUACAUCCAUGACGAAUCAGUCAGACAGAAGCAGACAACUCGAACAUCAACCGGAGAUGUUUCAUUCGUUUGUUACAAACACAACAGUCAGUGGUAGCCAAAGUGAACCAACAAUGAGCAGCAAUGAGGAUUCAGGCUAUGCACCAUCCAGACAUCAUCGACUGGAGACGAGAUCACAGCAAAAGGUGAUGCAUCAGCAACCCAGUAGCGUACAGCUAACCGGAGACAGCAGAGCAGAUGCCGACAUCUUAGCAUUCAUCAAGGCUCGCCAAGGCCUUCUAGACAAAGGCUACAAGAAACACUGAUUCUUGACUCUCGGUUUGCUAUACCAGAAACAUUGUACUGCGAGCUGACAGUGGAUAUCUAUGAGGUAGUUACAGCAAUGCGUCCAGCAUAGCAGUGUCACUCUAGUGUAAUCUGUCCUGUAUCAAAGUCAGUCGACUGUCGACAGUCCAAGCAACAGACAAAA